AUGGGUUCGAUGGGAGAAUAUUCUGUGCCACAGGAGGCGGAGGCGGUGUUCCAACACGGCAUUCUGAACAAUCCCUUGAUGAAGGACCUUCCCGGUGACCUCAAAUCUCUCAGUCAACAUGUCAAGUUUGAGGGUUCAAGCAAGCCAAGCGUUCCGAUCAAUUGGCGAUUUGCCGAAAGCAUCUCGGCUUUGAAAGCAUUGGAGGCAACCAUGCUCAACCGGCUAAUUCUCAAGAAGUACAACAAGGAGCCAACGGAUGUCACCAUUAACACUGACCAUGCAAGCUUGUUCUACUUUUCGCCUCUCAUUGCCCAGCUCAUCGGUAAGGAUGGCAAGUUUACGCCCAUGGCGCUUAUGAACUUUGUGCCCGAGGCCAUGAAGAUGUUCCCAGAAACGGAUAAGCACAGGACCGCCGCCAGCUUGCAUCGAGCUUUGGUGACAAACAUUCAUAAGACAAAGGAUGGACGGUAUUAUCAGCUUCACGGCGGCAUAAACCCCGACCCCAUCCUCAAAGCUCUGGGCUUGCCUGAAAAUGGCCCAGCGGAUGACACUUACGAAUCGGUCUUCGAGAGAACCCAAAAUGUCAUCGCCGAGAUGGACUCCAAAGACCUGGACGCUUUACUCAACGACAAAGCGCAACAGUCUGGCACAAUCGCUUGGUCGUCUGACGAAUACUUUGCAAGCGAGCACGGCAAAGCAAACAGCAACGUCGGACUCUACGAGAUCGCAAAAGUCCAAGGCUCCACACAGCCCGCAUCUUGGUGGUCCGAAAACUCGAGCCUACCCUCGUCGGCCAAGAGACCCCUCGCCGGCCUCAAAAUCGUGGAUCUGACCCGAAUUAUCGCUGCCCCGGUCAUAUCGCGCGAUCUGGCGGAGAUGGGCGCGAGCGUCAUGCGCGUCACCUCAGAUAAGAUCACGGACAUGUCUUCUCUGCACCAGGAUCUCAACUGGGGCAAGUGGAAUUGCCACUUGGAUCUCACCAAGGACGAAGACAAGGAGAAGAUGAGGGCGUUGAUCAGGGAUGCUGAUGUCGUUGUUGAUGGGUACCGCCCUGGCGCCAUGGAGAAGCACGGUUUUGGUCGCAAGGAGAUUUUGGAGCUGGUGAAGGAUCGCCAGCGAGGAAUCAUUCACGUCCGUGAGGAUUGUUACGGAUGGCAUGGACCCUGGCAGGGACGUGGUGGAUGGCAGCAAAUUAGUGACGCCUGCUGUGGUGUCUCGUUAGAGUAUGGAAAGGCAAUGGGUCUCGAUGAGGCGGUUACUCCGGUGUUCCCGAACUCAGACUACUGUGCUGGAGUCUGCGGAAGCACUGCUGUUCUUGAUGCUCUCAUGAAGCGCGCCGAAGACGGAGGAAGCUAUGGCGUCGACGUCGCCCUCAACUACUAUUCCCAAUGGCUCGUCCGUUCAUGCGGGACAUAUCCUGAACCUAUCUGGAGAGAAGUCUGGGAGCGUCAUGGAUCACCCGUAUUCCGGCACUUCCACACAAUGGCCCACAAUGUCCCGGUCAUGUCCAAGCUGCUUCAGGAGUACGACGCGCAGGUUCUCUUCAACCCUCAAUUCUUUGAGAUGCGAGUGUCAAAAGCGGUUGAUGGAACUUUCUGGGUUGUCAAGCCUGUUCUGCAGUAUGGCAACAACGCGGUUGAAAUGAGGUACAAUGUAGGCACGAGAGGUAAUGGUGUUGACCAGCCUGUCUGGCCCGAGGAUUUGUCUACGGAAGUGGUUGGAAAGUAA